GAAUCAUGGCUCCGAACGAAGCCAGAACUGCGACCGAAAGAUGGAGGACUCACCAUGACCAUUCUCGGCUGUGGCACAAUGGGCACUGCAAUUCUCAGUGGAAUUCUCGCCUCCCUCGUGCAGUCUGCAGAAGCGAUGGAUAAUGACAAGUCUUUACCUGCCGAGCGCAUCCCUUCUCGCCUGCCUUCGAGAUUCUAUGCUUGCGUGCGCAGCGCACGAGGCGCAAAGAGAGUGCACGACGAAUUGGACAAAUACAAUGCAAAUCUGCACGUCUUUGAAAACGACAAUGUAUCUGCUGUCAAAGACUCGGAUGUAGUCCUCGUCGCCUGCGAACCGCAUGUCGUAGACGAUGUGCUCGGUGUCGCGGCGACGGGCAUGCAAGAAGCAUUAGAAGGUAAGCUUCUCAUCAGCGUCCUCGGAGGUGUAUCGGAGCAUCGUCUACACCAAAUCAUACAAGGUGAUAGCAGCAGCAGCAGGACUAGUAAAGAUAGUAAAGGGACAUCCUCCUCCUCCUCCUCCUGCACCAUCGUACGCGCGAUGCCCAAUACUGCAGCAGCUAUACGCGAGUCCAUGACAGUAAUUGUGACUUCCAACCCACCCCUCCCCGAAGAAACCGCAGAUUUGGUAUCCUGGAUCUUCACCCGCAUCGGCCAGAUUAUAUAUCUUCCCGAAUCCCACAUCGAUGCCAGCACAGCUCUCUGCGGCUCCGGACCUGCCUUUUGCGCUCUCGUAGCGGAAUCGAUGGCAGCAGGAGCGAUUCGGAUGGGAAUUCCUCGCCUCGAGGCGUAUACCAUGGUUGCGCAAGUCAUGCGCGGCACGACGGGGCUGCUGCAGCAUGGUGAGCAUCCUGCGCUGCUGAGAGAUAAGGUUUGUACACCGGGAGGAGGCACGGUGGCGGGUCUGCAAGUGUUGGAAGAGGGCGCUGUGCGAGGGACGAUCUCUCGAGCUGUGGAAGAGUCUGCGAAGGUGGUGGGUCGAGGGGGACGGAAAGAGUGAAUUUUGUUUUCUCGUAUUGCCCCCCGGAGGAUUGGAAGCGGGAAUGAUUGGAUGAGUGGUGUUUGCGGAUAUGAGUUGAAGUUGCUGUGAGAACUACUAUAUUGAGUGGAGUCUACUGCUCUACUUUGAAGUACGC